UGGGGAGUGUCCAACAAAUGAGUUAGAGUCAGAAUGUAUUUUCCCUUCGACAGGUAUAACCCCUGGCGCGGUCUCCCUGUUCCUACACACCCAAAAUGGGUGUCUCCCAUCGAAUCUUCGCCAUAGCGCGGCGCGCCCCUCGACGGUCCUUCGGAGCCUUGGGACCGCAUGGUCUACGAGCAGGCUUCUCUUCCCGGCCUGCACACUGGGAUGAGGACCCAGACUGUUUGCUGGCAACGCAGAAGCCGGGCCAGGUUGAUUUGACCCACUGGAUCCACUCAGUGCUUGGCAAACCGCUUCAACGCAGUGAUGCCGAGCAGGCCCGCCAGCGCUUCUGGCUGACCAGGGAGCAACGCUGCCAGGGCCACAACACGAUGCCUGAUGAUUCGUGGUGGACACUUCUGCAGAGCAUUGUUGCACGGAGGGCACCCGUAAAGGCCACUGCAGCAUUUCUUCUCUAUUGCUCUGGGAUCACUCUGGCCUUUGAGAAUCUCAGGAACUUCUCGACCACCGGGCAGCCAGUGGUGGUGGAUGAGGUCACCCACGUGGUACAAUAUGUCAUGGCCAGUCAUGACGUGAUGCAAACGUGCACGGGCUUUAUUGCUACGGCGCUCUUCAUGACCUUGUCCUUCCGUAUGAACCGGGCGGCCUCACGGUGGUGGCAUGGCAGAGAGAUGUGUGCUCAGCUUCUCUCAAAUGCAAGGAACUUCAAGCACGUGACCUCGGUGAGCGUCACCGACAAGGCCUUGGCGGUGGAGCUCAGCAUGUUGGGCUAUGCCUUCGUGCGAGCGGCCGAGUUCCACAUGCGCCUGGACCGGCGCCUGGGACGGUGGAACACCGUGGUUCCGAUGUUUUGGGAGCCAGCAGAAUCAAAGGAGCCGGAUGAACGCUACACGGAAGCCUUUCGACCACUGCUGCCACCCGCGACCUUGAAGGAGCUGCUGGCCGCACCUCACCGGCCGUACUUCUUGGCGCAGCGCAUCAACAAGCGCAUCGCCGACACGUACGAUGCGGGUGCCACGAAGAACGUGCGUUUGGUUGUUGCGAUGCAGAACCAGAUCAAUAACUUGGUCCAAACCAUCGAAGGCAUUGAAUGCAUCCGCAGUACGCCAGAGCCGUGGAGCUACCAGAAACACAAUGUUCUCCUCAUGAAGCUCUGGCUGAGCAUUCUGCCCGUCGCUUUAGUGCCCACGCUCCAUUUUGCAACACCAUUGCUGGGUGGAUCGAUUGGCUACGUUGUCUACAAGCUGGACGACGUGGCCGCAGAGAUUUGCAAUCCUUUUGGUGUGGACGAAAGUGACAUCAGCCUGUGCGUGAUGAUUGACAGGUUCCAGUUGGAGCUCUUAGCGGCACUUUUGGCAGAGGUGAAAUAUCAACCAUGCCAUACAGCAGUUAUGCCAGAGCUAUGUGCCGAUGAUAUGCCAGAAGAGUGUUCCGAACAGCCUUAGAACGCGCUCCCUUCGGCCGAGCCGCGACGCCCACGGCGCCGGAUGCGACCGCCUCGAUGUGAGGUGGACACCCAGUUCACGGUCAUCUCGUCCAGCGAGAUCUUCGAGGUUGAGCGGGAGGGUUGUAUGGAUUUUUUGCAAACCCUUAAUUUAAAUCCCCCUUCUGUGUGUCUUCUGCAAAAAGUCUUCUUCCAAGACUUCCCUGUUUGGGAGGUAUAGAAGAUAAUAGAAGGUGGCUGCUUCAUGCCUUCUCAUUCGUGCUCAAGUCUGUAGGCCAAGUGGUGGAAAGAUGCGGAUCCGACGACUGACCAUGUGAUGUAAAACGACCGAAAAGAGCGAGUCAUGCAGCUCUUGUCGCAAUGAAAACCACCACUGCUCGUUUCAGUUGAUGGAAUCAGCUGCUUUGCUUCAGCCUUGGAGAUCAAGCUCUUGUGUAAUAGAUUGC